AUGAGAAAAAAAGAUAUUAAGGGUACAGAGAAUAAUAUUAUGAUAAAUGAUAAAAAAAAAAAAAAAAAAGAAGAUAUUCUUUUUGAAUUUUUGAGGGAAAAUAAUGUGAAAGCUUCACAACUUUUGAAUAGUAUAUGGAUUUAUUAUUUUUAUCAUAAUAUAAAAACAAUAACAAAAAAAAUAAAGGAUUUACAAAAUGAAAAUAAUAAUAAAAGUGUUUUAAAGAAAUAUUUAUUAACACUGAGCAUAAAUAUUGAUGAUGCUUUUAAUUAUUUUCAAGAUAUUUUAUUUCAUAUAAAGAAAGCAUAUGAUGAAAAGAAAUAUGAAUACAUUUUGUAUAUGAGUAAAAUAAUAGAUAAACAAAAUAAAUAUUCUAUUGAUGCAAAAAGUUGUAAUGAAAAUGAAUGUGAGCAAAGUUUAAAAGAUUAUACUAUUGAAUACGAUAACUAUGUAAAUAGUAUUAUUGAUAAAUUUUAUUCAGAGGAAAAUGAGAAAAAUAUUGAAAAUAAAGCAAAUCAAACUUUAUAUAAUAAUUUAGAAAUUGCUAGAAUAUGUCUUAGUAAUACAUUCAAAAUUUUUGGAGAUUUAUUUAGAUAUAAGUCGUACUUUUUUAAAGAAAAUAAAAAAAAAAAUGAAAUAAAAUCAUGCAUCAAUUAUUACAAGUCAUUAAAUUAUUACAAGUGUAGUGGCCAUUUAUUUAAUCAGUUAUCAUUAUUAUAUAUAAAUUGUAAUCCUAUAAAAUGUUUAUUUUUUUAUUUUUUAUCAUUAAUUGCACAUAACCCAGCACCUAAUAGGGAUGCUGUUGUUAUGUUCAUGGAAAACAUACUAAAUGAAAGAAAAAAAAUGGGUAAAUUAUUAGAAGGUUUAAAAGGAAAUAAAGAGAAUAAUAAUAAUAAUAAUAGUAAUAAUAAUAAUAGUAACAAUAAUAAUAAUAAUAAUAUUUCAAAUAAAUCAGGUAGGAAUAUUUAUCAUAUUAAAAAUAAAGAUGAUAACUAUUUGUCUUUUAAGGAUUGCAAAAACAAAAUAAAAAAUAUUUAUCUUAAAGAAGAAAAAUUAGAGUACAUAAAAUCUCAUAUGCUAAUAGAAAAUUUAGAAGAAAAAUUCACUUCAAAAAAUGAUUAUAGAAAUAGCAAUGAAAAAGAUUUAGCAGAAAAAGAAUUAGGAGAAACCAUUAUAAAUUUUUAUAUUAGCUAUUUCAAAAUUAUUAAAUUAUUAUUUUCUAAAAUUGAUAUGAAUAAGUUUGAAAAAAAAAAAAAUAAAUUUAUAUAUUAUACAAAUAAAUAUUUAAAAAUUCAAUAUUAUAAUAAAAAGGAAGAUAAAUUAAUGUUAAAAAAUUUAAUUUUAAUAAUUUUUACCUUACUAAGCAUUGUACUUUAUGUAAUCAUUAGUCAACAUGAAAAUAAAAGGAAUAAAAAUGGUUUUUUUUUCUAUGGAGAUAUAAACAUAAAUAAAUAUAUUUAUAAAAAUGAACAAAUUUAUUUUUCCUUUCUUCUAAUUCACGAAAUUUUAUUAUCCUGCAAGUAUUUUUAUCUCAAUUUUUACUCACAAUACCUAUCAGUAUUUAUAUAUAUGUUAUAUUGGAUAAAUAAUGAGAAAAAUCUUAAAAAUUUAAAUUUGAACAAAUUAAAUGAAGAAGAUGAUAGAGAAAAAAAUUCUCUUAUUAAGCAGUAUCAUGAGGAUUAUAAAAAAAAAACGACUUAUAUUUGUUCAAAUAAUUUAAAAGAUAACAAAAGAAAAAAAGUUAAUAUCAAAGAGGGAGACGAUUUAAAAAAGGCAGAUGUAAAAAAAUCAGGAGAAUAUACGGAUUCAAAGUUUUUAUAUAACGAUAUUAUAAAAAGCAUUAAAGAUUUGAUAUAUAGUUUAAAAAUAAAAAAGGAUAUUAAAAUGGAAAAUUCUCUUUUACAUUAUAAAUUAAAAGAAGAUUUUUAUAUUUAUCCAUUCUUAAGUGCUUUAAGAUUUAAAAAGUUAAGAAUAGAAGAUGAAGUAAGUGAAAAUGUUGAAUUUGAAAAAAAAAUUAAUAAAAAUCAAAUGAGUGUCUGUGAUGAUUCUAAUGAAGAUGAUAUUGUAGUACUGAAAAAACCUUUGUUUGUAAAAUCAGAUACAAUUAAUGGAGAAAUUAUAAAUGAGAAAGAUGAUUCAAAUAAAAAAUUAAAUUGUUUUAAUGAUUUAUACGAAAAAUCUAUUAUAAAUAAUAAUCACGUUUAUACACCUGAUAAUGAUUUUAACAAGGUUGAUACUGAAAAUGUUGAUAAAAAUAAUUCACUAGAAUAUAAUAUUUUUAAAGAUAAUGAAAUGUUUCAUUCAAAUAUAUUUGAUUCUAAUGAAGAAUCUAUACAAAUAGAAAAUUAUAUUAUAGCAACAAAAAAUAUUAAUAAUGAUGAAGAAAUAGAAGAAAAUGUGAGAAUAAUCAGAUUUCAAUCAUUAAUACAAAAUAAGGAUAUUUGUGACCAUGAAAAUUCUUUUUUUGAGAGUUUAUGUAAAAUAUAUUUGAAAUCAAAUAUAGAAAAAAAUGUUGAAAAAAAUGAAAAUAUAAAAUAUGAAGAUCUAAACUGCUUAAAUUUUACUAAAAGAUUAUAUGAUGAUUAUUCUUGUGUUCUUAGUACUUCAAAUGAUAUAUUUGAAAAUAAAUUUGCAGCUUAUAAUAGCAAUAAUAUGAAUUUACAUUCAUUAAAAAUAGUUAAUAGUGAUUGUGCUAAUAAGAAUGUUGAAAAUAUCUCCUAUACACCUUUACAUGAAAAGACUAAUAAAAAUAAAACCAAUAGUACUUUGAAUGUAUCUAAUGAAAAUAUUGAUACUACUACUAACAAUAUAAAUAGUAAUAAAUAUACCAAUAGCAGUGGUAUUACUAAUAAUAAUAAUAAAAAUGAAAUUAGAGAUGGAGAGGUUAAUCAAAAUACUAAUAGAUAUAUUUUUAAUAAUAAAUAUAACGAUAAAUUAAAUAGGAUUAAUGAAAAUUCUGAAAAUCAUACAUAUGAUAAUACCCAAGUGAAAAAUAAUGAAAUAGAAUUAAAUAACGAAAAUACGGAUCAUUAUAUAAAUAGAAAUGUUAAUAUAAAAAAUGAAAGCAUAAAUGGAAUAAGUAAAACUAAUGAUAAUAUUUGUAAUUCAGAAAAUAUAAGAUGUUUUGCUGUGAAUGAUAUAAAAGAUAAUAUAGAUAAUAGAAAAAGCACUUUCCUAUAUGAUUAUAACAACUGUGAUCAUAUUAAAAAUGGGAAAGAAUAUGGAUUGAAAACUUAUAGUGAUAAAAUGCAUCUUGGUUUCAGUAAAAAUUAUUUAUAUAUUAGUAAUAAUCUAAAUGCAAAUAACCAAAAACAAGAUGAUUUAGAUGCUAUUAGUAAUAUUUCAAAGACCAAAAAAAUGUACAAUGAUUCAAAUAUAUUAAGUUGUUAUGAUAGCAAUAUAAAUAUGUUUAAUAAUAAUGAUAUUAAUAAUAAUAAUAUUAAUAAAAGUAACAAUAAUAAUAAUAAUAAUGAUAAUAAUAAUUGUAAUAUAAAUAGUAUUGAUAACAAUAAUAAUAUUAAUAACAGUAACAAUAGUAACAAUGAUAAUAAUUAUUAUGAUAAUAAUUACUAUAUUAAUAAUAAUAAAGAUGGUAAUACCAAUAAUAUUAUUAUUAAUACACUUCAAAAUCCUAAAGAUUUUGUAAAUGAUGACAUAAAAUCAUUCAAUAAAAAUUAUAAAAUUCAGUCAAGUUUUAUGUUAAAUAAAUGGAAUAGUUUUAAUUAUGAUUUAUUCGAAGAUUCUGAAAACAUUACAAGUAGCAAUAAUUGUAUACAUAAUAUAGAUAAUAAUAAAGAUAAUAGUAAUGUGGAUGAAAGAUUGGACAAAUAUAAUGAAUUAAUUAAAAAAUUUUGCAAAGAAAAUAAUUUUGAUGAAAAUCCAAAUACAGAUGAAAUAAAUAUAAGGAGUCAAACAAUAGAAAAUAUUCAAAAUAAUAAUAAUAACGCUUUAAUUAAUUCAUUGAAAAAUGCAAAUACAAGUUAUAAUUCUUUAAGAAUAUUAGAUAUUAGUAAAAAAUCGAACAUAAAUUCACCAUUUAAUUAUAUUACAAAAAGAAAUACGAAUAUUUCUAAUAUAAAUAAUGAGGAUGCGAUUUCUCAUAAUAAUAAUAUAAAUACAAGUGUGCAAAAGCAAAAAUGUUACUUAAAUGAUUUAUUAAAAAAAAUUAUUAUAUUAGAUGGGAAAAAUAUAGGAACUCGAUAUAAAGAUAAUUACAUAAAAUAUUUUGACAUUUUUCGUAUUAAAUUUGCUUUGGAUUAUUACAGAGAUAAAGAAUAUACUGUAAAAGUUAUUAUGCCUCAAGAAUAUUUAACUUACGAGAAGAAAAAUUUUGAGAAUACUAAAUAUCAUGGUAGUAGUUAUCAUUCUGACAAUUUUAAAAACAAUAAUACAGACAAUGGUGGAAAUAAUGAGUUAAGAUUAACUAAAAAUGAUUUGUUAUUUUUUCAACACCUUAAUAUUCUAGGUUGUUUAAUUAUUCAACCACUAGAAAAUUAUUAUAAUUUUUGUAUAGAAUAUAUGCAAAAGUGUAAUUCUUGCUUCGUAACAAACAUUGUUUUUUCUAGUUCAAAUAUAAAAUUAUUUGAAAAUCAACAAACAUAUAAAAAUAUUUCUUCACAUAUUAUAUCUUAUACUUUUCUAGCGGAUGAAUUUUUGCCAAACCCUAAUUUUAAAUGGCCACUUCAUAGUAGUAAUUAA